AAAACUUUAAUUAUAUCUGCGCUUGGAUUCAUUCGGGAUAACACUUUCAACAUGAUUUUUUCUAUACUUACUUUAUUUCUACUAUCUAUUCUUUCGUCUUUAAUCAAAUAUCUUAGAUUUAAACUUUAUUGGUACACAUAGUCAACACUUUUGUUUAAUAAAUAAAAGGUAGCCAAUGUCACCAAACUACACAAAGAGCUCUUCUUUCACUCUAUAGAAAAACAAGAACUAACCAUACAAUGGCUACUUUAAAGGUAUUGAUGUUUCCAUUUUUGGCUUAUGGACACAUAUCUCCAUAUCUAAACGUAGCUAAGAAACUCGCGGAUAGAGGAUUCUUGAUUUACUUCUGUUCAACACCGAUAAAUCUCAAAUCCAUCAUCAAGAAAAUCCCUGAGAAGUAUGCUAAUUCGAUUCAUCUUAUCGAACUUCACUUACCAGAAUUACCCGAACUUCCUCCUCAUUACCAUACGACGAAUGGUCUCCCGCCAAAUCUCAAUCACAUCCUUCAGAAAGCCCUGAAAAUGUCGAAACCAAACUUCUCGAAAAUCUUGCAAAAUCUGAAACCUGAUUUGGUGAUUUAUGACGUAUUGCAGCGAUGGGCUAAACAUGUCGCGAAUGAACAGAACAUUCCAGCAGUUAAGCUUCUAACUUCCGGUGCAGCUGUGUUUUCGUAUUUUUUCAAUGUACUAAAGAAACCAGGGGUUGAAUUCCCAUUCCCUGGAAUUUAUCUCAGGAAAAUUGAACAAGUAAGACUGAGUGAAAUGAUGAAAGAACUGGAGGAUGACGAUGACGAUGAUGAUCUUCUAGUUGAUGGAAAUAUGCAAAUAAUGUUGAUGAGUACUUCUAGAACUAUCGAAGCCAAAUAUAUCGAUUUUUGCACUGCAUUGACGAACUGGAAAGUUGUUCCAGUUGGUCCACCAGUUCAAGAUUUGAUCACUAAUGACGCGGACGAUAUGGAGCUUAUAGAUUGGCUAGGAACAAAAGAUGAGAAUUCAACUGUUUUUGUCUCCUUUGGGAGUGAGUAUUUCUUGUCAAAGGAAGAUAUGGAAGAAGUGGCUUUCGCGUUGGAGUUAAGUAAUGUUAAUUUCAUAUGGGUUGCAAGAUUUCCGAAAGGGGAAGAGCGAAAUCUUGAAGAUGCAUUACCAAAAGGUUUUCUUGAAAGAAUUGGAGAAAGGGGAAGAGUUUUGGAUAAAUUUGCACCACAACCAAGAAUUCUAAAUCAUCCGAGUACCGGAGGUUUUAUAAGUCAUUGUGGUUGGAAUUCAGCAAUGGAAAGUAUAGACUUCGGGGUUCCUAUAAUCGCCAUGCCUAUGCAUCUUGAUCAACCAAUGAAUGCUAGGUUGAUCGUAGAAUUGGGAGUUGCGGUGGAGAUUGUUAGAGAUGAUGAUGGAAAAAUUCACAGAGGAGAAAUCGCGGAAACUCUUAAAGGUGUCAUAACAGGGAAAACAGGGGGAAAAUUGAGGGCUAAAGUGAGAGAUAUUAGUAAGAAUUUAAAAACUAUAAGAGAUGAAGAGAUGGAUGCUGCUGCUGAAGAGCUAAUUCAACUUUGUAGGAAUAGUAAUUAGUGUAUCUUAUGAUUCAAUGAACAAAAUAAUAUCGAGGUUGAAAUAAUGAGAAAAACAUAGAAUAUCACGUAGGAUUCAAAUUACCAUGUAGGAUGCGUGUGUCUAUUUGUUCAACUUUAUACAAGUUUAAGUUUAUAUUCGUAAA